AUGACUGUUGCUGUUGAUAUUGAUGUUGAAAAUCGAUUAGAUCUGUUUAUGCCUCGUUCAUCUCAUACAGGCGAAUUAAUUUUCGAUCCUGAAGUAGAGAAGACCGCGCGUAGAACGAGGAAAGAAACCAGACAGAUCAGAGAGGAGCUGUCCAGUGUUGCAUCUCAAGGAUUUGAUCUAGAGGUUGAGUUGAUGAAUUUGCGUGGUGAUAACUCAAGUGAUUCAGACCAAGAGAAAGUCACCAUGGUGAAUGCACAAACACUAAGGGAGUUGGCUGCUCAUAAUUUAAAUCAGCAACCUUUAUGCAUUAUUUUCCCAAGUUUGAAUGAUAACACUCCAUUUGAACUAAAAUUUGGUCUAAUUCAUCUCUUGCCAUCUUUUCAUGGUCUACCAGGUGAGGAGCCUUAUAAGCAUUUGCAGAAGUUUGAUGUCGUGUGCAACAGUAUGAAACCUCCGAAAAUCACAGAAGAGCAGAUAAAAAUGAGGGCAUUCCCAUUCUCCUUGAAGGAUUCCGCGAAAGAUUGGCUGUACUAUCUAUCACCAGCGUCUCAAGCUGCAAGCCUAAGGAAAGAGAUAUGCGGUAUCAAACAACAUCCAUACGAGUCUCUCUAUGAGUACUGCAAAAGGUUUAAGAAGCUGUGUAUCAAAUGCCCUCAGCAUCAGAUAAGUGAGCAACUGCUCAUCCAAUAUUUCUAUGAGGGGCUACUUUUUAGGAACAGGAGCAUAGUCGAUGCUGCAAGUGGAGAGACAUUAGUGAACAAGACUCCUCGGGUAGCAUGGGAGUUGAUUGAGGGGAUGGUUGAAAAUUCACAGCAGUUUGGUUCAAGAGAAGAUAUCUCAACCCGUAAGGUAAAUGAGGUAAAAACAUCCUCUAUCCAACAGCAACUCUCCGAAUUGACGUCUUUCAUGCGACAACUAGUUAUGGGAAGUGCCUCACAAGCUAAAGUAUGUGGGGUAUGCACUGUCGUGGGUCAUUAUACGAAGAUGUGUCCACUGGUUCAGGAAGAAACUGCAGAACAGGAGACGAAUUCAGAUCUACAAAGCAUGAGGAAUCAACUAGGACAAGUGCAAUCAUUGCAAACUCAAGUAAAUCAAAUGACCAUCAUGAUCAACCGUUUGGAGUCCCAGAUUCAAGGGAAGUUGCCAUCUCAAACUGAGUUGAACUCGAAGAAUGUGAGUGCAAUGACCUUGAGGAGUGACAAAAAAGUCCGAGAACCCGAACCGGUGAUUCCUAAGGACAAGGACGAGGAACGAAUUGAAAAAGAGUUGGAAGAAAAGGGCAAAGACAACAAAGAUCAAAAGGUACUCUCGGACCUGAUUACUAGAGUUAAGACUAAUCCACCUCCCUUUUCUAGCAGGCUAAAGAAACCAAAGAAGCAGGAUAGGGAGAAAGAGGUCCUGGAGAUAUUCCGCAAGGUGGAGAUCAACAUUCCCCUAUUGAACGCGAUUAAAUAA